UUUUUCAGUGCACUAUGAUGUCCUGGAUUGUAGCCUGGAUUGGCAAGUGGGCAAGGAUGCACCAGUGAUUUAGACAAAUGAGCAGUACGCUUUCAUUAUACUGUAUGUAAACAACUGUUCACUAUAUUCAUGAGAUUUUAGUCUUUGUAACAUAACAUCCCUAACAAGACAACUAGUAUAAUAUUUUAACUCUUUAAAGACUUGUUCAACAUCAGUAACCCUAGUGACGGUCCUUCCAUAAAUUGACUUGAUUAUAUUUGUCUGUUUUUGUGUUUGUCCGUCAUCAUCUUCAGUAGGUGGCUCAAGUAGCAGUGCGGUGCAAGUUGUGACUGGUGGUGUGAGUGGUGGUUCAUCUGUGACUUCAUCUUCUCUGGGAACAUCUUCAAGUGGAGCUGCUGGAGGUUUGGGGGCUUCUGGCAUAACCUCCUCCAUCAUUGCAGUCGGAGAUUCUUCAGGAGGAGGCAGUGGUUCUGCAAGCACUUUUGAGUCCCGCUCAUCUUCUCAGUUUCUGUCCAGCUCUUCUGGGCACUUAGGGAGCCGUUCACUUGGUACGAUGAAUCUGUCAGGGGGUGGGGCUUACUCAUCAACCAUGUCUUCUGGAGGAGGAGCUUCAUCUACUGUUAUAUCAAUGGGAGGUGGCUCUACCAAAUACACCUCCUCUGCCACAACAAGUGCCGUGAAGAAUGCUAGCUACUCACCGGUCACACAGAGGAGAAGCAGCCUGACCCUGCGCACUGCAGGAUAUGAAGGAAGCUCCAGUGGCAACUCCUCCCCUGAAUAUACUAGGAAAGAUGCAGCCACCAGAGGACGCACCCAGACAAGAGAGAGUGAAAUCAGAGCCAGACUGCAGAGUGCCUCUCCAUCCACUAGAUGGACUGAGCUGGAUGAUGUGAAGAAACUUCUUAAAGGAAGUCGCUCCAGUAGCAGCAGUCCUCCACGCUCUCCCACCAAUACACUACCCAUACCUAAAAAAGCAAGUGUGGACACACGCAAAGAGAGCCACUCAGGUUAUGACAGCUCUAUCCUGGAGUCUGCAUAUAGUGGAUAUGGCUAUCACACCAACCCCAACAACCUUAGCCCCCACUCCACACUACAGCACAAUGGUGAGAUGGGCCUGCAGAACAACCUGACCUUGAACUCCUCAGCCAUGAGCAGUGUGUAUGGGAUGCAGAAUAAUUUGGCCAGUGGUGGCGGUGUGGCAGUUACUGCAAAUGGGAUCAGUGUUGCUCCAGUAUAUGGAGUGCAUAAGAACAUUGUUAGCACUACAGCCUCCACAACUGCUGCAGCUGUCCCCAGGACCUCUGUCACCAAUGAUGACGUGUUUGUUAAGGAUUACAAGUUCAUGCUGCUGGAGAAAGAAAACGUUCAAGCGAAGAAAGAAAGCGAGAGGCUGAUUAAGUCGAAAGACACGGGCAAAACAUUCACUUCCACCACUUCCACUGGUGGACUAUCAGCCACAUUUUCAGAUGACUCGCUGAAAAGGGAAAAAACGAUUCUCUGGAACCACAGAAACAGCCACAGUGGCAAAUGGUCAGUACGUCAUUAUAUGUUUCUCUACAAAAUCCAUUUAACAUUGACUUCACAAGAUAAAUUAACUUUUGCUUUUACAGGUGUCAAAGUUGUUUCUACAAAGGACAAAGCCACAUAUGCAGAGAUUCGGAAAGAUGAAUCUGGAGGAGGUGGGAUGGGAUUCUGCUCCUGCUGUACGUGGUGGAAAUGGCUGCUUGGAUUGCUGUUGGGACUGCUCUUGCUGCUGGGUCUUCUCUGUGGACUCAUCGCUCUGGCUGAGGAAGUAAAGAGCCUAAAGGCUCGUGUGGAACGUCUGGAAGCCGGUGGGAACACCAUAGCCUCUGCUCACACUAGCCGCCUAUCAGCACCAUCCUCAGUUAACAUUUUAGAUCCACUGGAUUCUGUACAAUAUGAACGCACCCACAUAGCACGAACAGAAAACAAUAUACAACUAGGACCUGACUCAAUGCAGCCUGACCCAGCCACACUGCAGAGGACCAUAAAACAACUCGUUCAGUCUGAAUUACAGUCAGAGAGCAUCAGAGCUACACUGGCAUAUUCACUGAAAGGAGAGAGAGGGGAGCCUGGGCUCAAAGGUGAUCAGGGAGCUCCUGGGAUUAAAGGUGAUGCAGGAUUUCCUGGAGUGCCAGGUCCUCCUGGUUCUGCUGGUCAUCCAGGACAAGAAGGUACAAGAGGACCUAAAGGAAGUGCUGGUGAGCCAGGACAUGAUGGCCCACCUGGACAGAGGGGCCGUGAGGGGCCAACAGGACCCAGAGGAGAACCAGGCCCUCCUGGAGUUGGUGAGAAAGGAGAAAAAGGAACAUCUGGAGAUCCUGGACCUCCUGGGCCUGCAGGACCACCUGGACCUAUGGGACUCAGAGGUGAAGUGGGUGCUCUAGGUACUGCGGGUCUUCCAGGGGCUCCUGGUCCUCAAGGCUUCCGUGGGGAUACUGGUGAUCCUGGACCGAAAGGAGAGAGAGGACCUGCAGGACCUCCUGGAGCUAAAGGUGAUCAAGGGGAGAAAGGGCCCCGUGGUGUUACUGGAGAACCAGGGCAGCCAGGACCUAUCGGUCCAUCAGGAGAGAAAGGACCCAAAGGAUCAGCAGGUGCUCCUGGAUCAGAUGGUGCGAAGGGAAAUCGUGGGGGCCAAGGACCAACUGGGUUGCCAGGUCCACGUGGACCAGCUGGACCUCCAGGAGAUGCAGGCGUGCCAGGAACUCCAGGCCUUCAGGGACCACCAGGUUUGCCAGGAACACCAGGUCAGCCUGGAUCUAAAGGUGAAGCAGGUGAACCUGGAAGAGUUGUCACUGCAGGCUCUGCUUCCAACACUGUGGGUAUUCCUGGACCCCCUGGACCUGCUGGACCUGCUGGGCCUGCCGGAGCUCCUGGACUGUCAGGUCCCAUUGGCCCUGCUGGUCUUCCUGGCCCAGCUGGACCCAAGGGAGAAAGGGGUGAAAAGGGUGAUGAUGGUGAACCUGGCAUUUCUGCAAAAUCUGUUGAAAGAGUCAGGUUUGAGCCUGCUGCUGGUCUACCUGGUCCUCCUGGCCCCUCUGGACCCCCUGGACCCCCUGGAGAACCAGGGAAACCUGGUAUUGGUCUCCCUGGUCCACCUGGUGACAAAGGUGAACCAGGACGCUUUGUACCCACCUCAGAAACCUUUUUUGCUGGACCUCCUGGGCCUCCUGGAACUCCUGGAUCUCCUGGACCUCAAGGCGAGCCAGGUCAUCCUGGACUACCAGGAGAACCCGGACUUGGUUUUCCAGGGCCUGUGGGCCCAAGUGGACCCCCAGGUCCUGAAGGCUUACCAGGCCCUCAAGGACCACCAGGUUCAAAAGGUGAUGCUGGUGUCCCAGGGGCCCCUGGCAUCCCAGGAUAUUCUAAUGGUGCAGCCAGAAGUUCACCUGGACCACCAGGUCCACCUGGACCUCCAGGGCCUCCUGGACCUCAUGGUGAUGCCUCUGGCUCUCCUGACAUUGCUCAGCAGCUUAGUGACCUUAUUAGAAGUGAUGGCAUUAGGCAAUACUUCGUUGGUCCUCCUGGGCUUCCUGGACCACCUGGAAGUGUAUCUGAUGCUGAUUUGGCUAAUCGUGUAAUCAGUUACAUCAAAAGAGAGGAGGUGAGGCAGUAUCUGGUUGGUCCUCCAGGACCACCUGGAGCUCCAGGUAUUCCAGGCCUCAACCCUCAGGAAGUAGCUGGAAGAGUCCUCAAUCUGAUGAAUGAUGUUGGUUUUAAAGGACCACCUGGACCACCGGGGCCUCCUGGACCUCAGGGCUCUCCUGGAAUCACAGGAAGCCUGGUGUCAUAUGCUGAGAAUGCACACCAAGAGCCAAUCCGUGCUGAACUGCAAGAAUAUCUAAAGAGUGACUUUACAAAGUCUAUUGAGAGUUUGGACUACCCCACUAUUGCAGAACAAGUAGUGAACUACAUCAAGUGUAAGUUACAAAAAAUUGUCAAUGGGCUAAGUGUGUUUCCAUAGGAGACAAAUAGGCCAGUUUUAGUUCUUGGGUUGCAGUUCCAGGAAGCAUUUUGGUUUCUUGCUUUAGAGUGUUAUAUUUUUGCCACAUGCCAAAAUGAUGUAAUGUCAUGCAUUUUACGCCACUUCUGUAAUUGCAUUUAAUGGUCAUAGUUAUGGCUUAGUGUGCAGUGUUGCCACCUCACAGCUCCACUCUAGGGGCCAGUUUGAUCCUGAGCUUGGGUAGGCAGAUAGUGGCUACAGAUAUUGUUGCCCUAGUGAGUGAAGGAGUGUUUGAAUGUGUGUUGCAUGAUGCUCUGUGAAGGACUGGUGUCCCAUUGGGUGUAUUUCCGUCACAUACCCAGUGUUCCUGGGAUAGCAUCCAGAUCCACCGUGACCCUGCCUGGGAUAAAGCAGUUACUGAGAAUGAAUGAAUAAAUGGUCAUAGUGUGGUAGAAGUGCUAAAUAGGAAGUUGUUCAGGUUCUACAGAAUGUAUUCCCCAUUCAGGAUAGUUCCAGUGCUCCAUACUUCCACAAAUGUUUCUCUAGUUUUGGUUAAAAUGCUCAUAUGAGAGUCAUGAUUAAUCGUGUAAAAACCCAUCAUAUCUUUGUCUUUAGUCUUUGUAUACAUCUCUUCAUUAUGGAUGUUGAGCUGUUAAUGGUGCUACAUAGCCAAUACCUCUAAAUAAUUUGUAUCUGGGUUUUUUUCCAGCCCGUGGUUUGUUGUUGCGGGAUC